AUGAAACUUACUAUUAGUAUUGAAAUGGAAGAAGGAAAAAUUUUUGGUGGAGUUUAUGAAGUUAUUAUUGGAACUACUGAUCCUGAGUCAUUAAUUAAAUAUUGGCAACGAUUUGGAUAUCACGUCGGAGACAAGGGGGAACUAUCAGAAGCAAAUGCAUUGCAACUUUAUGGUGUAAAAUCAAAACUUCAAUCGAUUCGAUUACGUCAUCAAAGUGCUGAUCAUGGAUUAAUUAGAUUGUGUAUUUGGGAUAAACCAACAAAUAAUGGACUACAACUAUCUCCCAUGAAAAUUAUUGGAAACCGUUGGGAAGCGAUGUUGACCAACAGUAUUCUUCGAUUAGAAAAUCAUACUGAAGAAGCGAAAGAAUAA